UCAUACACUUUCAGUGAGGCGGAUUGAAGAUCCAGUUCAUUGUGCAUUGUGUGCGCUAUCAGAAGAUGAACGUUCCCUGCAUUUUGUCUAGAAGCUAGAGACAUCUCUACUUGUGAGGCUCAUCAUGGGCAGAUUCGAAUUUACACUCAUUCUGACGGUUUCCUGCAUUGCUGCAUCUCAUCUCGAGGAUUCCGUAGCAGCUGUUGGAUCUGCAGACGUGACACUGUUGAAGCAAAAUGGGACUGUAUGGUGUGUAGCCCAAGGCGCUGCUUCGUCCUCAGCUCUGGCAUGGACCUCGGAGAAGAUUCAUCCAUCCAGGUCAUCUUCAUAUUUUAUUGGAGGAAGGAGUGAACUGGACUGCAGCUUCACGAAGACAGAGAGUUGCAGAGACUGGGAAGGCCUGACAGAAACAAUGAGUGUGGAGCAACCUGCCCCUCCACUGUUUGACUACCGUUGGGAUGACAUACCGGUCAUUGAAACCAAUGGAAAGACCAUUUUUUAUGACCACAACAGUGUGUCCCUUCUGAAUGAUAAUUGGGAGGUGACAGUGUCAGUGACAGCAGAACGCGAUGCAGGUAUUGUGGCGUGUGAGAGUAAGGAUCCAUUCAGCUCGCCGUGUUACUGGAUUAUAUUAGGAGGAUGGAAGAGUUCUGGUUACAAGUCUGUAAUCAGAAAAUGUCCUAGAGGUGUCAAUAAAGAUGGUGACACAAGAACUAUAUGUAGUGAACAAGUAGAAGCGAACAAAGCUCGUGUGGUGACCAAUGAGAAAUGGGUUCAUGUUAUGGUAAUAAAGGAAAAUGAAGACUUGAAAGUGAAGGUAGCUGGAGAGGAUCAAGUGAUUCUUCAAUAUAAUGAUAGAGAUCCUCUGCAUCCUAAAUUCCUAAAUGUUCGGAGUGGAAAUAUUAAUGCUUCCUUUCGAAUCCAGAAUUGCCAGCCUCAUAUCAGAUAGUUACAAGCAACUAUUUCCCUAGGGAUAAAGUGGGCAAAGUUGUUUACAGCAUAAUGGAUGUGUGAAAAUGUAUCUCCAUGAUAUCCGUAUCUUUAUGAUGGUGAUAGUAAUGGAGCUUCACUGUAAUUGUACAUUGUUAUA